AUGGUCAGCAUCCAGCAUCCCUGGGCUCCAGGCAAUGGGCACCUAUGCGGAGGAUCCCUCAUCAGCCCACAGUGGGUCCUCACAGCAGCCCACUGCUUCGUCCAGAUCAAGAACAUCAAGGUUGUGAAACUGGUGAUCGGGGCCACCGAUUUGAGUCAGCCAGGCCCCGGGGCACAAGUGCGCCGGAUUAAGAAGCUCGUGUACCACCCAUACUAUUAUCCUGGUCCCGAGUUCAAUGACAUUGCCUUGCUGAAAUUGGACCAGCCUGUCAGGUGCAGUGCCUACAUCCAGAUCCGCUGUGUGGCCGACACCACGGUGAGACUGUCAGAGCUGCAAACCUGCUAUGUUGCUGGCUGGGGUGACACCUUUGAAGGAGAAAAAAAAGCAAGCAAUGUCCUGAAGGAGGCCAAGGUCAGCCUCAUCGACACCCAGGUCUGUAAUGGAAGCGAGUGGAAAAAUGGGAUCCUCCAGCCAUUCCACCUAUGUACUGGCUACCCAGAGGGAGGCGUUGGCACCUGCCAGGGUGACAGCGGUGGUCCUGUCAUGUGCAAAGCCAACAACACUGACUUCUUCUGGAUUGUCGGAGUGAACAGCUGGGGAAAAGGCUGCGGGAGACCCAUGCAGCCUGCAAUCUCCACCUCAACUCAGUACUACUAUGACUGGAUCCUGGGCGAGGUGGGCCUCAUCCCAACAGGAACACCUUCUCCUUCGAGUGAUUUUACAACCACCUACACCACCUCCCAGAGUCCAAGCUGG